AUCACAGCAUCACAGCAUCGCAGCAUCACAGCAUCACCUUCCAGCGACAACACCAUCGCAACUGCAAUCGCAAUCGCAACCACAACUGCACCCACAAUCGCAAGCGCACUCGCAAACCGCCAACAGCCCCCCGCCAUACACAAUGCUCGCCGAAACAAAGAACGUCGUCCUGAUCCCCGUCGACUCGGUCUCGGACCAGACCAGAUCGAUCCUCAACUAUGCCUUUGAGAAGCUCAUUACCCCCGCCGACGAGGUGGUGGUGUUGAACGUCCUCCAGCACAACCUUGAGGCCACUCUUGACGAACAAUACGAGCGUCUCCAGCUUGAAGAGACCGCCCGCACCUUCGAGGCUCUCGUCAGAGAGAUCGUCAAGGCUCACGGCGCCAGCAACAAGGUCGGUGUCUCGGUUGUCUAUGGCGAAGCCAGAGGCAUCAUCACCAUGGAGAUGCAAGAACGCCGUCCCCGUCUGAUCCUGAUGGGAAGCCACAAGAAGGGAAUCCGCCCGUCUCUUGGCAGCAUCGUCAGCCAUGUCGUCCACCGGGCCGAGUGCCCUGUCCUGGUUCUUCCCAACACCGUUGUGUCGACCACCCCUGCCACCCAGUCUGGCCCAAAAGUCGAGAUCCAAGUGUGCUAGACAAUCCAGCCAACUGGCCGAUUGCCAACCCACACCCAUGGCCCACACCCAUGGCCCACACCAAUGACCCACCACCAUCCCAUCACCAUCCCAUCUCCAUUCCAACCACCCGUCCCAAUUCCGGCUCCGAUGAUACCACCCACUCGAUGAAGGGUGCCGCCUGGCGUCCGUCGCCCAGGCCGUGUUUCGGUUUUUGAUUUUCUCUGACUCGUCCCCACUCCAGUCGCUCUCUGGUCGCUCUCUGGUCGCUCUCUCGAAUCGCUCGCCAUGGCACCGUCGCCUCAUGUGGCGACGGCGACCUUGUCUGUCAUGUCCUCCCAGCAGCCGUUCAAUAUCAUUUGCCGUACAAUUGAUUUCUUGAGCCCAUCUCACUGCCUGAUCGUGUCCAUCGUUC